GAUCACAGUUUUUUUACAGGAUUGAAGUCUUAUUCCCUGUUUUUACUUCUGGUAAGUAGCAAAGCUUUUACGUUUUAAUAUUUAGACUUGCCAAACCAAGAAACUGUGCAGUAAACUUACUAUGGCCGCGUGUGAUGCACAGUGAAUGUUAAUCAAGAAAACAUAACUGCGGAAGUAGAUAUUUCCACGUCGGAGGGGAAAAAAAACCCGAUUUAAAACCUUACGUUUCAGACGCAAGAAACUGUUUUUAAAUUAAUAAAAAAAGAAACAUUUUUGCUCUUUGACAUCUUUAAAUGAACGAUAAUGUCUCUCCCAGUAAAACUUUGAUUUUCUUUUCAAAGAGGUGUCCUUUCUUCCAGCCAAGAGAAAAAGCGGUCUAAUACCGAUAUCCAUUUUGCUUUUAAUAUACUCACUUGAUUAAUUACUUUCCCUUUUUUUAGACAAAUGACUUUGAUAUUUCACGUCUGGAAGAAACAGGUAAGAUUAUGAAUAAUUCAGUUAAUAUUAAAUACACUUCUGUUGUCCAUAGUGGUUAACCGCCAUUAACGUUGUUACUGGUACUUCACGAAUUAACUAGAGACCGUUAUGCCUAAUUUUCAACUAGCCAAAAACGUACCACUAAACUUAGCAAUUCACAGUUAAAACCUGAAAAAAAGAUUUAAAAAAGCUGCAGUUGAAGCGAGCUUGGGCUCUGUGUACUGAACAAUUUCAUGCGGAAAUAUUGGAUGUGGCCGGAUUCUGUGGAAAUGUGGUGGCUCUGGAUUACUCAGUUUAAAGAUUUAGACGCGAUUGAUUGUGUUUAAUACUGGCGUUUACAACUUGUGUUGGCUGGUUCUGUGCCAAACGUUGCGGCUAUGCAAACAAUGACUUCCGUUCGGUGUUAACUGAUGAUGAGGUGCAUGGAGGAAGAAAAACAAUGAACGUUCGAAUUUUAGUGUAAUGGCUACAUUUAAAGGACAUUCCUAUUCUGCUGCUCUCUACGUGGGUUCUCGGGUAACAGAAAACGAGAAACAACUGAGCAGCACAUUUUUCAGAUAUGAUGAAACCGUCUGAACCUCCUUAUACUGAGCAAGCGUAAAAGUACACGCGUUAUUGACAAAAGGUGAUAUUACACGGGACGAUUCGCAACGACGAUUUUUAGCGCAACGCAGCGUUGCAAUGUUGGAACUAUGUUGUAACUAUUCGAAACAAUGUCGCAACAAUGUUGCAACGCUGUGUUGCGCUAAAAAUCGUCGUUGCGAAUCGUCUCGUGUAACAUCACCUUAAGUGUGAGGUCAAUACCUUGCUAGAUAUUAGCCAGAAGAAAAAGAAAGCCAAUAUCCCAUCUUGACCUCACGCUUGGUCUAUAAAGGAUUUAUGAUAUGGCCAAAAGAAAUUAUGACAUUUGAGAACAAGGUGGGCAAUCGGAAGGGGACAAUAUAGACUCAUUUUCACUUCAAUAUAGGCUAAAGUAGCAAAAGAUUGUUUUCACUGUCACGCAAUAAACACGGCACAAUAAUAUAAAUUGGAAACCGUCAAGUGGAGGAGGCCAAGAAAAUUAAAUGUUAUAAAAGACUAAUAUAUAAAAAAAUUUCCAAGCCUCAGGUCUUUGUGACCCACAGUUUCUGAGUUAUUUGCGGAAACGUUUAACGCACCUUUCAGUAUGGAGACGUUGACACACCAAUAUGGCCGUCGGAAAUCAACAAAAACACCUGGAGUUCACUUUUCCUAUAAAAGGUCUUUCUUUUCGCUCUAGAACUAGCAUACUUGCGCAUAAACACAUCUUCUAAUACUUGAAAUGGUUAUACUGCUGAAAAUCAAGAGGAGACUCGGAGACUUUUCUUUUUCAACGACAAAGCAUUCUUAUUUUGGUGUCUUGCACUGUGACAACUUGGAAGUUCAAAUUGCUGUAUUUUCGAAAUGAAACAUUCUACGGGACUGGAAACUUGUACAAAUAGUGUAAAUAAGAAUUCGUAAAACUUCGCUAUUUUGACUUUAAAAUUUGAGGACAUCACUGUGCAAACCACCUGUAGCCUGCUUAUGGAGCCAACCAUAAUAAUCCUGACUAGUUCAAUCGAAAAAACCGAUAAUCGAUAACAAUUGAUAAAAUCGAUAAGAAUUAGUUAAUUGUAUCGAAAAUCGAUAAAAAUCGAUAGAGGGAUAAGUUGUGACUAAUCGAUAAUUAUCGAGUUUUAAAUUAUUGUCAUCGAUUUUAUCGAACUUAUCAAAUUUAUCGGCACAAUACGUUUCCACGUAUUUAAGGGCAGCGGAGCAUCAGAACUUCCCGAAAACCAGUCUAACAAAAAAAUUGCUCUCGUAAGAUAAGUUUAAAGAUUUAUUUCACAAAUCAAAUAUUGAACAAAUAUGUAACAUUAUCGGUACUAUACUUAACAUGAUUCAGCGGAGAAACAGAACGUAACAACUUCUUGCAUUUUACUUCGAAACUAUUCAAGUUAAACACCGUUAAGACAGCAACCGUUUAAAGAAUUUGUGUUUAUCGAAUAAAAGAAAUUCUUGAAACUCAUUUGUUUGAUUCUGUUGAUCCUAUUUGCGCUUACUACAAUUCCGGGCUAUGAGCGAGCGAGAAGGUCUUAAGACGCCCAGAUAAAACAGAUGUAAGACCCUUAUUAAACGUAUCGGCAAAAACACAGCUUGUUUUUUAAACCGGCUAUCUCGGAAGAACCGGUACUUUGCAUUUACAAUACACGGUCCUUAAUAAAAACGAUAAAAUCAAUAAAUUAAAUACCUUAAAAGAGCAGCGAUGGUUGUGAGUAUCGAUUUCUACCGAUUGAUCGAUAAAAUCGAUAACGUUUAAAUUUGAAUUUUAGAUAGUUAUCGAUUUAUCGAACGGUUUUCCGAUAUCGGUUUUUAUCGAUUGAACUAGUCGGGUAAUAAUAAAUAUCACCAUUCAAGAGAUAUGACGGAAAUGUUGCGUCAAUUUACCACUUUACAAGCAGUAACUAGCUCUCUCAUACCCUUAUAUAAGACCUUGCCCUUUUCGAUUAAAUUAGGGCGUGGAACAAUCAGCAGCAAGCGUUAUGGCCUUCUUGAUGGCGGUGUCAGAGUAACUCCUCCUGUGGUGCGAUGACAUUUGACACAGGCGCCGGUAAAGUGUACAAGCUAAGCGUGACUCAAGAUGUCUGGCUAGAAAGUGGAAGUGUAAACUACAACAGUUAUGAAUAUCUCAUAGUAUCCAGACACCCAGGAUAUCCCAACAAACGCUCAUUGGUCCAGUUUGAAGAUCUUCCCAGCUCGUGUCUUUCAUCAAAUGCAAUUUCAGCCAAAAUAUACUUGUACUAUGAAUAUUCCCACAAACCAAGUUUUGACGCUAUCAAAAGUGUCCCUUUUAUUCCACGCCAUCUGCAAGUGCACCUGGUUAAAAAACCGUGGGUUGAAUCUCAAACAACCAAUACUAUGCGCCUACCUGGCAUCCCUUGGUCUUCCAGAUGGCUAGCGCUGGACGGCACCGACGCUGAGGCAACUCCCCCGCAGGGAACUGUCACUAUCUUUCCCCACAGACCCAAAGGUUUUGUGGAGUUUGACGUCACAAAUGCGGUGAAGGCCUGGAGUAGUGGAGAACCUAAUAACGGCUUGUUGAUACGCGCAACAAACGAGCUGGAUGCAGGUAGAGAUACGCGCUUUGCCAGUAACGCCAAUUCUGAUACUUCAAAGCAUGCGUUUGUUUUGGUGCACUGCAGUGAUGAGUAACCCGGGACAGCAGCCUUAUACGACUCCUUUAAUCUGUAACCGAUAUAAUUGCCUCUGGCGAACUAAUCUGGCAAUGGACGGUCAGUACACGGAAGCUCAUGACAUUGACAGCGAAAUAAAUAAACAAAAUGAAAACAGAUAACUAAAUAAAUACAAAUAAAAUUACUAGUCAUGUGAAAAAUAAGUCAUCAAUAUGUAAGAUAUUACAAAUACUUGAAUGGAACGCAGCAACAGAAUCAGCACAUAGGGAAGCAGGAGACAAAGCAUCAAAGUAUGUUUUUGUAACGAAGCCGUAAUUUUGUCAUUUACAACGUCAAGUUUCACGGCAAGAAAUUGUCAAAGGCUAAAGAAACUGGAUUAAACUACCGUAGGACAUUCCCUAAACCACUCAGUAAUGAAGCAGUUUUUUUUUUUUACAUAAGACAAAUUUUACUAAUAAGGGUUUCUUAAAAGGAAACAAAAACAGAUUAAAUAUGGAGUGAUUUGCUGCGCUA